CUUACUUAUCGAUAAACUGCCAAGCUAAACUAAUAAUUUGUAAUAAUUAUUUUAUUUGGCAAACGGAGCGCCGUUGCUGAUGUUGGGCUAUCUACAGGGAUUGAGAGGCGCCGGCUCGGGAUCGGAGCAGAUGCCCGGUGACAUCUACAACGAACUCUUUGCGGAUGUCCUUCUGGCGGCCAAGGGAAACGGAUGUAAGACCAAGGAACAAGAUAAAUCCACGGGUUUCUCCAUGCUGCGGAGCUUCGAUGCCGAGGCCAGCAAUCAAUUGGAGCCGCCGGCGGCCACGGAUGCGGAUGUUUGGAUCUUUGGCUACGGGUCCUUGGUGUGGAAGGCCGAUUUCCCAUACAUAGACCGUCGGCGCGGCUUUGUUGGGGGCUACAAACGUCGUUUUUACCAGCACAGCAUCGAUCACCGCGGAAUUCCCGAGCGUCCUGGCCGCGUGGUCACUCUGCUGCCGGGUGAUUCCGGCCGGGACCGCGUCUACGGCGUUGCAUAUCGCAUUGCGGCCAGUCAGAAGGGAGCCGUGCUCGAUCAUCUGGAUUACCGGGAGAAGAAUGGCUAUGAGAGGUGCAGCCUGGAGUUUCAUGGAUACCCAACUACUGCCGCUGGCGGCGUAGAACCCAUCCAGGUGAUCAUGUACGUCGCCACACAGGCGAACGACUCCUAUGCCGGAGAUGUGUGGCAAGUGCCCUGCAUCGCCAAGCAAAUCUUUUGCUCGGCUGGGCCCAGUGGCCCCAAUCGCGAGUACCUGUUCAACCUGGCCGCCGCCAUGGAGCAGCUUUUCCCCGGUGCCGUGGACGAGCACCUGGAGGAGCUAGUGGCCUGCGUGAGACGUCACAUUGCCGAGGAUGAGGACAACUUAAUGCGGCACGCCGUGUUGCAGGAAAUAUCCGCAAUUCUCCAAGAGGAGCAGCUGCCGGAGCAGGCUAAGCAGCUGGAGAAGCUUCUGGAGCGUUGCCAGCAGCCUGGCGGACGCGAGUGGUUGCUGCACGGGGCCCUGCAGUCCAGGAGUGAGUCGUGACCCCCACCGUUUCACUAGCAUAUGACUAUUUAUUGUAAAUACCAACGUGUAUGAUGGUUUUUGAAGGUGCACCAUUCCAAAUAGACCAAUUGUAAUGACGUGUUACUCCUGAGUCCUGACCAUUAGAAGUAAUCACAAUUGCAAUUAAAAAUCAACAAGCUUAUGACAAUGACUUUAAAAAAUAUGUAAUAAAAAAAACCUAACAAGAUAUUCUUCGGAAUGAAUAAAACCACAAAUGCGAUUGGUUUUAAAACUACAAAA